AUGCUGGGGGCAUUGGACCACAACGCCACAGAUACCCUUCAGAGCUUUCAGGAUGCACUACAGCGGGCGCAGCAGGCCCUGCAGCACGAGGAGUUGCGCCUAGCUCAACUCACACAGACGGUUCGUCAGCAGCAUGAGAGUAACUGUGCUAGACGCGAAGUGAUCCGCAGCCAACAACAGCAGCACCUGGAGGCAAUUCGACGGGAGAUCAUGCGGGUCCGCUCUCACGUGGAGCGGCAGAAGGAGGAGGUGGAGGCGCAGCAGCAGCACGUUGAAGCGGUUCGGCGUCCGCGGCACGAUGCGGAGGCGGAGAGCCGUGCUCACAAGGAGUCUCUACAGCAGCUGCAGCGGCAGUACCUCGUCGAUUCUGUGGCUGUGCACGCCGAGUUGAUGCAGUGGUGGCAGCCACAGAACAGCCUAACGUCUCUGGAGGCACAAGCGGCGCGCAAGGCGGAGGAGGUGGCGGCCCUGCAGGGUGCUGUGCAGGCGCUGCAAGGGCAGUUGCGUGAGCACACAGGGGAGCAUGCACCGAGGACAGAAGCAUCUCUGCAGAGGCAGCUGAAGGACACGGGGGACGAGACGACGGAGGUGACACUCGAUACAGACAGCGGUGAUGCUGUGAGGAACGCAUCGGCGUGCCUGGAGCAACAAUUUAUGCAGCAGCGGGAGGAACGGGAUACGUUUGCGCGCCACUCUACCGACACACUGACGCUGCGGCGUGGGGAGGUGGAGCAGCUGAAGACGCGCCUCAAGCAACUCUGCGCUGACGUGGAGGCGGCGGAUGCGGCGCAGCAGACGGCCCAGCAGGAGUUUCACUCUGCCCUGAAUCUUCAGAGCGACGCCCGUCUGCGCUGCGGCAUGUGUGGGAAGGAGGUCGUGGACUCCUUCGUGUCAUAA